AUGGCGGCCGCGGACCUCGCCCAGAUCCCCGAUGUGGACAUCGACUCCGACGGCGUCUUCAAGUACGUGCUGAUUCGAGUCCACGCGGCGCCGCCCUCCGGAGCCCCGGCAGGGGAAAGCAAGGAGAUCGUGCGCGGCUACAAGUGGGCCGAGUACCACGCCGACAUCUACGACAAGGUAUCUGGCGAGAUGCAGAAGAAGGGUUAUGACUGCGAGUGCCUGGGAGGCGGGCGCAUCUCCCACCAGAGCCAGGACAAGAAGAUCCACGUGUAUGGCUACUCCAUGGGAUAUGGUCGGGCCCAGCACUCCAUCUCCACUGAGAAGAUCAAAGCCAGGUACCCUGACUACGAGGUCACCUGGGCCGAUGACGGCUAUUGA